GUUUAUACCAUUAUGAUCAUUCAUCCAUCCCAUUAUAUUAGCCCUCUCAUGCACUAGCUAUCUACCCAAUCUUCACGAGAGUCACAAAACCCAGCUUUUGAUUCUCUCCACAAAAAUGCUACCAUUCAACACUACUGAUCAUCUCAAACACAUCUUCACCACUAUUUUUCUUGCCUUUCUGAUCACGGUGGCAGCCAGUAGCGGUGGAAGAAAGGUAGAUAUGGCGAGCGGCGGUGCACCGACGGGCGCAAGUGGUUCAGGUCAUGGUCCAAACUGGGACUACGGCUGGGCAUGGGGUUCAGCACCAGGAAGUGGGUGGGGUUAUGGUUCAGGUUCAGGACAUUCUCCUUCUGGUUUUGGUAGAGGUUAUGGAUUUGGUUUCGGAACCGGGACUGGAUCUGGUUCUGGAUAUGGUUAUGGAUCUGGUAGUGGUGGUGCUCAUGGUGGUGGUUAUGGAAGUGGUUCUGGAAAUUCUGGUGGUGCUCAUGGUGGCGGUGGCGGUGGCGGUUAUGGAAGUGGUUCAGGUGGUGGUGGAGUGAAUGGUGUUGGUAGAGCUACUAACAACAAGAAGUCACCUUCGGAGUCUAAGGGUAAAACCAACCAUGCAUAAGUUUGAGCUAGGUAGUUUGUUAUGUGUGUUUUCUCAUAUAUAGUUAUGAUAUUAAAAUAACUAUAACUACCAAAAAAAACUAUAACUAUAUGAUUGUAGUUUAGUAAGAAAAAAUAUUGUAAUCUAUGUAUGAAUGAUUUGGUGUGUAUGCAUUAUAGCUAACAAAAUUAUGAAGUCUCUAUGUUAUAUGAUAAAUGAAAAUCUUAAAGUGUUUAUGUGUA